GUUUUUUCUAUAACUGCUGGAUUACAGAUCCUUACAACGACACAUGGUAGUGGCACCAUCAGGCUAUGGGGAGUUUUUUUUUUAUUCUUCAAGCAACAAAAGGUGCAGCAGUUUCUCAUCUGACACAAGUGAAGAGCAGAAAGAGGAGAAAUACCAGGAUUUUAAAACAUUUUUAAAGAUGUCUCGGUACCACAAGGCAGCGGUUGAUGGCAACGUGGACCUGUUGAAGGAGGCCACAAGGAAGCACCUGAACACGGCUGAUGACGAUGGCAUGACUCCCACCCUGCUGGCUGCUUUUCACGGACACGUCGAUGCUCUUCAACUCAUAUGCAGCAGAGAAGGAGAUCCCAACAAGAGUGACAUCUGGGGAAAUACGCCGCUACACCACGCAUCUGCUAACGGCCACAUGCACAUCAUCAGCUUUUUGGUGAACUUCGGAGCCAAUCUUUUUGCCCUGGACAAUGAUUUCCACACACCUAUGGAUGUUGCUGCGUCUCGAGGCCACAUGGACUGUGUGCGAUUUCUGGAUGACGCCGCCUCACAACAAACCAACCAAAACCCUAAAAAGGUUGCCAACGUCAAGAAGGAAGCCCAGAAAGAGGCAGAGAGACGAGUGAAACUCUACGAGAAGGUGAAGAAAAAGCACCAAAGCAAGAUGGAUAGAAUGAGCCGCGGAGGAAGCGUGAAUGGGUCGGUUUCUGAGGCGAGCAUGGGAUCAGGUUUCUCAGAUGGUGGCACUAUGAGGAGUGAGCAAUUCUCCAAGAUUAUUGCUGCAGACAAAUCAGGCUCUGUUACAGCUAGAGUUAAAGGCACUCUCCAGAAGAUGGGAAAGAAAGAGAAGGGUACACUGCAGAAAUCAGGAGGAGGUGGGAAUGUUAUCUUCCGUAAGCAGGAGAAUGAAUCCUCUGACAAACCAGAGUUUCUGGAUGUCUUUGAAGAACAAGAUGAGAGUGAUGUCGUCAGCGGAGAGAUGGAGGGAUACGAAGAUGAUGACUCCAGAGACGAGCCAAGCGAAGUCAAACAAUCCAUUUUUAACCGACCUGGCUUUGGCGGCCUGAUUUUCAUGAAGAAGAUGAACAUGGAGACAGAAGAUGUUGUUCCCACAGGGAAUAAUGAAAGUCUUGGCUACCUCGUUGAGAACCAGUUGUUUGAGGCAGAUGAGGAUGCAGAUGGCUUUGAGGAGGCUGGUGAUGGUGAUGUUCCUUGGGAUCAAGAAGAUCUUGGACUGGAUGAUGAUGAAGAUGAGGAAACCUCUCCUUUGGAGGUCUUCUUGUCUAGCAUCUCCUUGCCAGAAUUUGCCCCCGCUUUCAAAAGAGAGCACUUGGACUUGGAGGCACUCAUUCUUUGCUCUGAUGAUGACCUGAAAGGCAUCCGCAUCCAGUUGGGACCCAGGAAGAAGAUCUUGGAAGCUGUUGCUCGCAGAACAAAGGCAAUGGAAAACGCUGGCGCCAUAAAGGACAGCAACUUGUGAUCUACAUUUCCAUCAUAUUAAAAUUGUGUUGUUGCAGAUUAAAAUGAAACUGAACAUUU